AGUAGAUCUCGUGUUCUUUCAUUUUUCUUUCAAACUUGUGAAAUUUGUUGAAAUAAUUACUGGAAAAUUACGACAACUCUCGUUCUCCUAUGGAAUAUUUAAAGAGCCCAGGUAUCCGUGUUCCAGGAGGUGGAGAUAAGGUUUUCAAAGAUGAAUGUGUGUACUGCUUCGACUCGCCGGUAUGUAUUGCAAAUAUGUAGAUGUGGUCCUAAAAAAAAUGCACGUAGGGUUUAUUGAAGUGUGUUUUAAUUCAAAAACUCUUCUUUGCAGUGUUUAAUAACCAAGAAAAACUUUCAGACGUACAAAUUACGUCGUUUUUCCCUUCUUCACAUGUAUCAUGAUUAAGCCUCGUUUUACACCAAUUUCUAUCUUUUUUUUAAUUUUCCUGUCGUUUGUUCUAUGAGAAAGAGUGAAAUUAUAUAUGAAAUUGUAUUGAGUAUACCUUUUUAGCCUUAAAACAGGAAAUAGUAUGGGGCUGUGCGGAAAUUUUACCCCUCUUAGUUUUUUAAUUUGCUGGUGGUAAUUGCUGUAACAUUGUUAUCAAUUAUCGAAGCUGACGAGAGCUCUAAAAGUGUCACCAUUCCAUUUGAACAAAAUUAGAAAGUUGACCUUCCAAUAUUGUCCAUCCUCUCUGUGCGUGAAUGUCCCUUCGGUUGAAAAUACAACAUUUUUUUUCUAAACGGAUCAUUAUGUUACUCUUGGCAAAAAUGCAGCAUGCAAAUGAUUGCUCCACAAUUAAAAAAAUAAGUCCCGUUUUGAUGGCAACAAGUUUGAAAUUUGACACCCAUUGAUUAUCAGAUCAUGUUCCAGUUAUUUCUAAUUUGCUUUUAGUUCAGCAUGUGAGCUCAACCUAUUCUAUUAAAAUAAAAAUUUCUGUGCUGCUCACUUAAAUUAACUCUUUAACUCCUGAGAUCUGAUUGUUAAUUCUCCCCUCUAGCUGCUACACAUUUCUAUGUAACUUAGUAAUGAGAAUUUGCAGUUAGAUCAAGACAACAACCUCUACCUGAUAAGUUUGAGUAUUCAAAUUAUCUCUUUGCUGGAUAAGGUAUGGAUAUUAUAGGGAAAAGUUACAUGUUCAUUACUUCUGGAAGUUAAAAGGUCAAGCUACAAGGUUUAGACAAAAAAAAAAUUAGACUUGAAAGUCUUUUAGGUUACUCUCCAUCUCUUUUUCUCUAUCCAAUUCUUUCAGUGCAAUUGAACAUAACUUCCAGUGGUAAAGAAAGAGAUUUGAAAAAUAUUGUGGUGAAUCAAAAUAAUGUUUGAGCUUUAAGAAGUCACACUUAUUGAGUAAAAUGUUUACUUAUCUUAUCUUGUGAAUUUUUAUUUUAUAGGAAAGUGAUGGAGGACUCUAUGUUUGUCUUUCUACAUUUCUUGGUUUUUGUGAGGAACAUGUUCAUCUUCAUAUCAGUAAGACCUCUCACAAGGUUUUCUUGCAUUUGAAGAAAGUUAAGAAGGUAACUAUAUUUCAUAGCAUGAAUAAUGAUUAAUAAAUAAGUCAGUUUGAAAUCAGAGUAUUAAAUGAAAUCUUAUUCAGGCAAUAUUAGACACCCACAAGAUGGCUUUCUUGUUCAGUUUCCUUGUUGAAUUGGAAUUUGGAAGGUUUUUUUGUGUAACGAGGAAAACCAGAAAACUCAGAGAAGACCCUUUUAGCAUUACUGCUUUAAUUAAUUGAGAAAUAGCUAUUUUGAUGAAUGAAUUCCAUUGGAAAAUGGUUAAUCAUUUAUAUAUUUUGAAAACAAAGUCACAUUGGUAAAGGCAUAUUGGGAAGAUCGGUUUGAAUGGUGAUUGCAACAAACAAGUUUGCUUGUCAUUGGUUAAGCUGUGUAGUAUUUUAGUGCUACUACAUUGUGGUCUGUUCUUUAAAACAAUAAACUGCCAACAAUAGAAAAACAAAAGGACUACCUCAUACAUACUAAUGAGGCCGAUGUCUCAAGGUCCUGCACACACUUGCAAUAUUUUGAUAUGUGUAAUUUUUAUUAUUCGUAAUUGCAUGCAAUUUUUGGUGCGUUAAAUGCGGGUUUUUCGGUUAGCGUAUACAUGAGUGGUACUGUAGUACAUCUCUUUUAAGAUGUAUCUGAGUACCCACAGCAUUUUUAUCAAAGAGAUAUUUUCAAAAAGACUGAAGGAUUUUUUUUUAAUCAUUGGGUAAACUUUAGACAUUUCAUGACUGUUCUGCAGAUCAGCUCUUUUUUUGGGAACAGUUUCAAUGUUUUACAAUGAUGAUAUUUGUGUUCCUCUGUCUGGACCUCAUUAUGAAAAUCAUAAUCUCCAACAGGGGAUAGGAAGACAAAACAAAGUAAAAAAUUAAAAGCAACAUUAAAACUUUUUAGCUUCACUGUAUCGCACCUGCAUUAUGACAUAUGCAGAUGCAAUGUAUAUUAGCAUCAUGACAAUGAGGACACUGUAAAAUGCAAUGUACCAAUUUGUUAUUUAAAAAAACUGAUCACAGGAACUCCUGGUUUGACUCACUAGGAAAGUCACAAAAAUGUACCAGAAACAUCCAUGUAUAAGCCGCACUUUUUUUCACAAAAUUGAAGCCAAAAAUCAAGGGUGUGGCUUAUCCAUGGAUACAUCUGUGUUUGGAGUUCUCAAAAACCUAAUUAAUAUUCAUAAAACUUCUUAAAAUGCCAAGAAAUAGACACAAACAGAAAAGAAACUGAGAGCAUGUUGCUGUAGUUCAUUGACUUUUUCAUUGAGUGGUGGUUCUUGAUGAAGGUGACUCCAAUUCUGAUCCAUUUGCUGGCAUAGAUGAGGACGAGGAUGUGGACUCGCUUUAUGCUGAUAGUUUCAAACAGCAACAAGCAGAAAUUGACUCAGAAAGCUAUGAGAAUCUCUUUGGAGAUCACAAUAGCGAGGACUUUUAUGGCUUUUAACACUAAAGACUGACUUUAUCAGAUGUUCACAUGAAGAACAGUAGCAUCUUUUAUAAAUUACCUGAAGUAUUGUCAUAUUGAUUAAUGAAAUAGAAACUGAAAUGAUUGCAUCAGUGCGCAUGCUUUCUGUUUAUGCCCAGACGAUGACCAGGCCCUGGCCCAGAACCCUCCCAACAUUUGAAGCUUGGCUACUAAGCACUUGUUUGUUUGUUUUGUUUUUUUUUUUUCAUUUCUGAAGGAAUUUAAACUUUAUAGCAUGUUUCAAAGUAAUAAUCUUGAAAAAUCGGAUCAAAACAUCAUUUUAAGUGAAAGAUGGUGUAAAUUCCAGUGAAAAAGAAGGUACGACAAAUGAAAUUUCACUUUCUUUAGACUUGAUAAAUGUGAAAGAUAGCCACAACUUCUAUGUCAGUGUUUCGAAACCUUGAUUGUUUGUAGCAUUACAACUCUACUGAAACUUCAAACUGUAUUGUUUUUAUUUUUUUCCAAAUUCUGCACUUCCAAAUUGGGGUGUAGCUUAUCUACGGAUGCAGCUUAUAAAUGGACAUUUACGGUACUCCACAUUGUUGUUUCAGUGUGCAUAAAUUUAGCAGUCAAAAAAAGGGUAAUUUUUUAAGGAAGAAUUCCUGGUAAUUGUUUAUGAUCAUUCAUUAUAUGGUUACUAUUUGUCUGUUUGUUUCCUCCAAAAGGUUCAGAUUGAAACAGAUAGCUCUACAGAUACUCCACCAAAGAAAAAACCUACAAGACUAGCAAUUGGUGAGUUGCAUUUUAAAUUUCCUAACUUUUUAACAUCAUUAUGUGGUAUUUGCUGCACCGCAUCAGAUUAAUUCCAUUUUAUAAUAUUUUCACACUGGUCCAGUAUCAAACUUAUAAGUUUAACAUGUAAAUUCAAGAAAAACUUCAUGUCAUUGAUAAUACCCCACCAAUAAAGGGGCCUUUAUUUAUGUCAGCCCAACUGAAGAUUUAAUUGGUACAUGAUGUUACUUGAAAGUUAGAAACUCCUUGUUUUCCCUGUGGUAGGCGUUGAAGGAGGAUUUGAUGUGGAAAAGACAAAGGUACUUGAUACAAAAUGCAUGGACAUAACAGGAAAGAAAUUGUGUGCACUGUAAGUACCUUAUAAAUGCUUAGAAAACUUUUCUAAGGAUUUAUAGGGGAAAAUGGGAGGUACUCUCAAUGUGGGCAGUUUCUGUCCUGUCAUAUACAUGUAUUAUGUAACAUUGAGAGCAUGAUGGCCAAAAGUACUUGUACAUUUCCAAACAAUAACAUGCUCUUAACUAUACCUCCAAACAAAACAAAAUAAACGGAGGAAUUGGAGCAAAGUAAAAAUUGAAGCAGUUGCUAAAAGAAAAUUAUAAAUGAUAAGUUACUACAAUUAUACUCAAAGACAUUGACAAAUGCAAAUACAAAAUAACAGACGACAAAGACACUCUGAGAAAUAACAUAACAGAAUAUUGAUGAAAGUGAUGCAUAUGACAACAAGAGAACUUAACAAAAAUGCAACAGAAAGGAAAAUUUGGAUUUAUAAUGAACAACAACAAUAUAAUUUUUGGCAGCAACAGAGAGUGAUAUCAAGGAAUUUUUCCACAGUGUACUUCUGGCAUUGUGCAUGGACCAUGCAGCAGUUUAUAAAUUUAUCCUUUGUUAGAGAGAAUGAUUCUGAAAGCUUGAGGUUUCAGUUUUCUGUUUGUUAAUUUUGCCACACACAUAUACACUUACAAGAAAAUGAGAUAUUCAAGUUGUUUGACUUAGAGAGGUAUGUAUUUUUUCUAUUGCAUUAUUUUAACAAUGAUGAACAUUUAAUUAAAUUUUUUUUACUCGUGAUAAAGAAACUUUCAGGUCUGGAUUUCUGUAAUCUAUUGCCAAGUGACAAAAAGAUGUAUUAACUUAAAGGGAAAUAUCAAUAUCUUUUGUUACCAAUAAAUGUUUAUUUAUUUAUACAGGUGGAAUAUGAUGAGUUCAAUUCAGUCUCAGUGUUGGGGACUGGGGGAGAUCCUCUUGUCAUUCCUCUUCCAAAUGUUGAGAUUCCACUCCAGGUACUAUGCUUAAAUUUACUAGGUAUAGUGGAAAUUACUGAUUGAUUCAUCUGACAUUUCUUGAAUAAAGAGGAAAAGAGGCAAGGCCAAGAAUGGAAAUCAUUUAUUUAUGAAACUAAUUUCUAGUUCUUGAUUAUAAUCAUGAUCAUGUGUAGUAGUACAAUGCAAUGAUUUCCAUUAUCUGUAAGUAUCAUUAUUAAUUAAAGUUACAACAUAGAUCCAAACAGUAUCAUGUUGUACAUCUAGCUGCUAUGAUGUUAAGCCUAAUUUACUCCUGAGAUCUGAUUGUUAAUUCUCCUCUGUGGCUGCUACACAUUUCCUUGUGAACUAGCUACAAGAAUUUGAUGUUAGAUCAAGAUAAUAACCUCUACCUCUGAUAAGUUUGAGUAUUCUCAUUAUCUGUUUGCUGGAUAAUGUACUGAUAAUUUAUUAUAUAAAGAAGUUACAUGUAAAUCAAUUGAGGGAGUUAUAGGUUUAAUUCAGUUUGCUCUUUUUUGAUACACAAGUCAUCUAGACCUCUUUUAAAAUUAGUUUCCUUAGGAUCAAACUAAAGUCAAGAUUUUAUUUAUUAUUUGAAGCACUUGUUAGAAAAAAAACACAAUAUCACUCAUUAAUUUUCUUUAUUAUUAUUAUUUGCAUAGCUUCAGUUAGCCAUAGCAGGAGUUCUUACUGCAGACUCAUCAGCAUAUAGAGACCAAGUUGCCUCUUGGGAUGGAGAAAAAAGAUUUAAAUCCAAGUAAGUAGUAAACCUGAACUUUAGUAAACUACUUUUAAAAAUUAUAAAAUUUUUAUAAUUUUUUUGCACACUUUCUGUGUAGAUGCAUUUUCAAGGAAGACUAGUUAAAUUUUUCUUGCCAUUGAUUCGUACAGUUUUAUAGUUUUGUACUAAACAUAUGCACUUUAUUUUUUAAGGUAUGCUGAUAAUCUCUUACAACUGGACAAUGGUGUCAAAGUUCCACCAAGGUUAGUUUUGGUAAUAAGUGCUCUCUUUCUGAAGUUCAACAAUGGAGAUGCAGUGGCUUAAUGUUGAGUGCAUUGGACUUUGGGUUGAGAGGUCCACAUUUGAGACCUAUAACCCGGUCAGUGUGUUGUGUUCUGGACCAAAAACCUUCCCCUCACAGUGCCUCUGCCCACCCAAGAAUAUAGGUGGGCACUGGCAAAUUUUUAGGGAAGCCUGGUGAAAUGCUGGGGGUUAACCCUUGCAAUGGACCAGCUUCCAAUCCAGGGGAAGAACAGUGAUACUCCUGAUUGGCUCAUGCUUUGGAAACCAUGAUAAGCUCUGGCUGGGUGGGCCACUUUGCUCCAGUAAAGACUUUUGAAGCUCAACACAGAUUACAUACUGACAUUUUUUAUUUUGCUCUGUCAUUAAUUGCAAUUAUUGUUCCAAUCCUUUCAAUAAUAUUUUACUUUCAGAGGCUGGAAGUGUUCAAAAUGUGAUUUAACAGAAAAUUUGUGGAUGAACUUAACUGAUGGUACAAUUUUGUGCGGCAGGAAAUAUUUUGAUGGUUGGUAUAAUUUCUACUUCGUGGAAUUUUUAAAUUUAUACAUUUGUUUGAACUAUUAUAGUAUAAAGUAUAUGAAGAGUGGCAUGCUUUUGGCAUGAAGAGAAAAAUAACAGUGACAAAAGAGAUACUUGAUUGAAACAUUUUCAGGUUACAGUAACUGAGAGUAUUUUUGUGUUAAACUUUCUGCAGUCACAUAUAGUAGUAUUAACAUCUUCACUAAUUCGCUUUUUUUUCUUUCAUGUUUAUUGUCAUUCAUUAGCUUUUGUGUUCAUUGAGCCAUUUCCCUAUUUUUUCCAUGAGGUUCACUCACUCAAAUGGCUGGUUACAAUUGAGAAUUUUGCUCUCGGCUUAUAGCUAAUGGUUUUGCUUUUUCUUUUGGACAACACAAGUCUGUUGGAAGGUCUCCAACUUUUAGGGUCUCUGCUUAUAGCCGAGGUCAGCUUAUAGGUGAAGAAAUACGGUAACCCAGAUGUGCAUGGGUGUACUUGGUUAUUGCUCAAAACUAUAAACUAAAGGUGCUUGAAUGAGCAAACUUUAGGAGAGGGUGAUUAAAAAGUUUUAAGGUAGAUUAAAUUAAAUUUUUUUGUAUUAAACCUCUUUCUUUCCUCUCUAGGAUCAGGGGGAAAUAAUCAUGCUGUUGAUUAUUACAAGGAAACAAAAUAUCCAUUAGCUGUUAAACUUGGAACCAUCACUCCUGAUGGAGCAGGUACAAAAUUAAUGGAAAUGUCACAUGUAUGUACAUGUAGUCUUUAAACCUAUACUAAUUGUCUCAUGCAUAAUUAUUUGGUGUACAAUACAUUGUUAAUUAUGUACUACAAUCAAAGGAAUUGUUUUUGAUUAUGAUAAUCUCCAAAACAAAACUUUUACAAUUGAUACAAAGUCAAUCCAGAGUCCUCAUCUCCACAUCACGGAAUGCGUGAGAAGGAGAUAUCUUAAGGCCCAGGCUUUUCUUACAAUGAAUGCACAUCAUACGUUUCAUUUGUCAUGAAAUUGUUUUGCACAAUAUUUGCAUGUAGUUCUAAACAAUUAUCAGAAAUUGCUCUUCCCCAGAAGAGUACACCAUUACAUUCUCUGGAAAACACUAAAACUUAGACCAGUUUAUACAAAGUCAUGCAUGUCCAUGUAACAUUACACUAAACCUUGUACAGUACAUGUAAUCUGGAGAGAUGUUAAGGGGAGUGAUCUUGCUUUUGUCUUGAAGAUGUGUUUUCUUAUGAUGAGGAUGACAUGGUUGAGGAUCCUAAUCUAGCUCAGCAUCUUGCUCACUUUGGAAUUAACAUUACUCAGAUGGAAAAGGUACAGUAACUGUUUUAAAGAUGCAAUCCUGUUAUGGUCAAUCAACUCUCAAAAAUGCAACCCCAUCUAUAUACUAGCGACACAUCCUGAUUGCAUGAUUACUAGGAAGUAGAAGAUUGUAAUCUUGAAUAACAGUAAUUUAUUGUUAUUUUGUCCCUCUUUCCCUUAAUUUGAGUUUUUCCCCCCCCCCCCUUGCCAAUACUGCACUCCAGUCUGUGACUGCACAACUUUGAAUAAAGAAGGGGGGAGGUAUUCUUUCAAGGUGGAGUGAAUUGUGAACUUCAAUUCUCCUUUUUAACAUUAUGUUAUCAGACAGACAAGACAAUGGCAGAGUUGGAGAUUGACAUAAACAUGAGGAUAAGAGAGUGGGAUGUUAUACAGGUAACAGUUUUUGAUGACUUUGAUGACAACCCCUCAAAAUAUAUUUUUCUUAUUUUUUCAUUUGAGACUUUAUGAUUCAUUUCCUUUGUUGUGAGGUUCUCUGACCUCAGAGAUAAAGAAUAAAGUCAAUGAUAGUUCCAUAAUUCGCUGUUUACGUGUAACUGAGUUCAUCUUAAUGUUUUCUGAUGUUAUUAUUUAUUCAAGGAAUCAGGCAAGAAAUUGACUCCCUUAUGUGGCCCUGGCUACACUGGACUGAAGAAUUUAGGAAAUAGGUAAACAGUAAAACCUGUAUUUAGAGGGGGGACAGCCUGUGUUAAACCUUUAAAUCCCACGAGUGACCAGGACAGAAUUUUUCCUUGCAAUAUCAACACAAAAUCAACUAAAAAUGAGAUGAGAAUGAAGGAAUAUAUAUUGAUUGGGGAUUUGGGACUGAUCCAAUACCAAAUUCUCAGAACUAAGAUCAUAAGAAUUGUGUGGCAGACCGAAAGGAGAAUUACUAAUGAGAUCUAGAGAGUGAAAGGGUUAGGUGGAUGCAACCUAAAAUCAUUAAUGACUGUGAAACAAACCAGCAUUUAGUAGACUCCUCUAUUAAGCAGGCGUGGAUACACAUUACUCUAGUUUUGUUGUGACCUAAAAACUGCUCAAUACAAGGUUACCACCUAAUACAGACCGUAGCUUGAAUAUGCAUCUUGACUCACUUUGAACUGGUACAUGUUACAUUCUCCAUCUGUCGCAGAAUAACCAUUUAACCGCUAACUAUUUGUAAAGGCAUGUAACUUGUACAGCUGCGAUUAGAUAAGUUUUUCUGUAUUUGGAAUCAAGAAUGAUUUGUUUAUUUCGAGAGCCAGGAAGGAAAGUAAACUGUGUCAGUAACACAAUAUUAACCCACAAGAGUCGUUUUCAUUUUCUUUGUUUUGACAGCACGGUCUUCUGCCGCUUUUUUCUACUUCAUCGCCGUCAUUGUCAAAAAAAGAAAAACUUUGGAAGGCUGAUAAACGUAAUUUUUUGCUUGCGCGAGAUCAAGGCGGGCAAUCUCGAACAACUUGCCUACUCGGGUUGCUAAUCAGAACAAAAGAUUCGCUUUCAAUUGCCCAUGGGCACUAACCGCUAUAAAAUUAUAAUAAUACAUAGAAUUAUCGUAUUGGUUCGUGAUAAUUGACAGUUUAGAGUAUAACUUUUUUCUUCUCUUUUUAGCUGUUACAUGAACUCUGUCCUUCAAGUUCUUUUUACACUUCCGGAGUUUAAACAAAGGUAUGUGUUAAUAUCGCUAACAUUUGUCAGUACUUACCGAGCUGUCGAUACGCUCUAGAAUGUUCACUGCAUGACAUUUACAUGUGCACCAAUUGUCGCAAUUAUUAGAAUGCUUUUCCCUAUGAGUUUCUAUAACCAAAUCCAAAAUAAUGUUAACGGUCAAUCAGAAAAAAAAUACCUUAAGAGCCAAUGAGAAUUCAAAGUAAAAACAAUCAAAUUGCCUAAAGCGCGGGAAAACGCGGGCGACCAAGUCGUGAUUGGUUUUAGUUCUUGAAUCUGAUUGGUAGAAAAAGUGGAACAAUUUUUCUGGACCAAUCACAUAACGAAAUAAAGCAAAACCAAAGGAUUCACGGAUUACUUUCGAAACUCAGUUUAAAAUAUUGUCCUUUUUGUGAUGGCAUAUUUUUCGCACUUUUUUGUUCUUUCUCCAGGUAUGGAGCUCAAUUUGCCACCAUCCUUUUCCAGGCCCCAUCGGAUCCUAGUGGAGACUUCAACACUCAGAUGUAAGUUCAUCGUUGAGCUUCUCAUUAAUUUUCAUUCCUCGCGUAGAUCUUUACCGCUCACAAAUUUUAGACAAGUACUGGGCUCAAUGUUUUCUUACAAAUAGCUACUCUGGGAACAUAAAGUGGAAAGCGUCUUCAUCUUUCCCUACUCAAAGUUUUCGAAAUCGAGAGGAUAAUAUUCCUCUCUCGAAAAAAAAAACCCUCUACUUCUUUCAAAGGGAAAGUGUUUCUUUCUUUAGGGCGAAGGUUGCUCAUGGAAUCCUUUCUGGGAAAUACGCCACAGCACCACAGGAACACCAGGAAAAAGCAGAGAAACAAACAGAUCAGGUGUGUUUCAGUGUUUGAUUUGCGUUUUUGACGGAGUCCCGGUCACAUGUAUGUGUAGUUAGGUUCCAGUAACAUUUACUGCAGGUCUUCUCAAGAGUCAAAAGGUUGAUCGCGAGAUUUUGUUGUUAAUGGCUUGCUAACGAUAGAAAUGGGCCCAGGUCAGGUCGUGAUUUCCUUGAACUAAACGUUUUAGACUUAAAUACAUAUCACGGUAUCAGAAAUUUUGGACAGCAGCUUGAUUUGGGCUGGAGUCCUGUGUGAUAUGGAAAUAUUUCUACAAGCGUCUCUAUCCUCGAUUCUCGAAAGUUGCGAGGAUCGUGAAACGAGUUCCGGUUUGACACUGUCGUCAUUGCCUUGAUAUUAUGGAUUAUGCUUUUGCUCAUACAUUUUGGAUAGGCCACGGACACGAUUAUAUUCUACUCAAUAACAACGUGGACUUUCACCGCCAUACAGUGAAAACUCAACAUACAAUUAAAUCUUUGAAGCAAGAUCAAGACGAAUACUCUACAUGUCUCUAAGUAACACACCAUAAUCGCAAGCAUUUGCUAAGACCUUCGUUAUCCUUUUACUUGUCAGGAACAAGAUGGUAUUGCACCGCAUAUGUUCAAAACUGUGAUUGGGCGUGGUCACCCCGAGUUCUCCACCAACAGGCAGCAAGACGCGCAAGAGUUCUUUAUGCAUUUACUUUCCACUAUAGACAGAGCCGAGGUACAUUUUAGAGGCAUUUACCCUGAUUGUGGAUUUUCAUCGUUUGCUUCUCAUCACCAACUACAACGUACAUAUGUAUUGCAUUUAUACUGACCUAGUUAACCAAGGCAACUUGAGAGUGAGGUUGAGAACAAGCCCAGGAAACGAGGAAGGAAAAUUCUUGCAAGUUGGUUUCUUCUUUCCAUCCGAAUGGUUGAGAAGGUGGAAUGAUUCGUUUGUCAACCAAUCACAGCGCUUAUUAUCGCCUCUUUGUAAUUGUAAGUGUGACGGUUUUAACAUGAUUUAUAUUUCUUCUUAAUUUCUUUUAGCGAUCCAAUGCAGGGGCCAUCAACCCAGCAGACUCGUUUAGAUAUAAGGUAAGGUGUAGUUCGGUUUCAUGGAUUGGUAGCAUGUGUAUGUGCAGGUAACUAUUUCAUUGUUGUUAAUCAGGUGGAAGAACGGACACAGUGUAUGAAAUCAGGAAAAGUUCGUUAUAACAGCCGAGAGGAUACGUUGUUGUCAUUAUCAAUACCUAUGGAGGCUGUACUGAAUAAAGGUGACAAAUUUCCUUCGUAUACUUUAGAUUUUCUGUUUUGAUGAGCUCAAGCAGCCACAACAGAGACGCCUUGGGAACUUCGCAUUAAAACUUAAACAUGAAUAUUUUGUAUGUGGAUCGUGCUGUUUCCGGUUUUUAACAGUGCUAUACCUCCCUCCUAGGACACCAAAUGUCAGUAGGGAUAAGUCCUAAUAGAGACGAGGAGAGUUCGUCUUCGUGGUUCUCGCUCUCAUGCCGUGAAAAAAUUUGUAACUUUCCCUUAUUUCUUUUUUAAAAGACGGCUAGGAAAUGGGCAGUAUUUUAAAACACCUAUACAAAAUUUAAGUUUUAUCUGUUGGAUACUUUAUUUUCACCACUUUCUGGUUUCCGUCGCUUUUCAGGUUUGUUUAAGGUCCCCAACGAAAAUUUACCAGCUUAGUUUGCUUUUCCCUGCUGUUAUUUUGGGUUGCUAUCAGUUUAAUCGCUGAUCACGUGCUUUUUUUAUUCCCUUUGCCAUCUCUGCAGAGAAAGUAGCGGCUUACGAGUUAAAACAGAAAGAAGCAGAAGAAAAGAAGGAGAGACUGUAUGUUAUUUCUUUCAUGCAGUCCAUACACCUAACAUUAACGAGUACUCUAGGAGUAAUUCUCAAAAAUCGAAAGUCAUCCAGAAUUGCUUUGAUUUUGCUUUACUUCGCUCUGUGAUUGGUCCAGAAAACUCGCGCUAAUCACCCAACCAAUCAGAUGCAAAACUAAAACCAAUCGCGCGUUCGUCACUAGCGUUUUCCCGCGCUUUACGCAGUGUACUCAUUUGUACCCUACCUUCACAAUGCCUCCAUGUGAUUUUUGUAAUUACUUUUCGAUUUACUACACUCAAUUUAAAAGCGUUCUAUUAGCAGCACUGUUACCUUCGAACAAUGAAACCCAUAAAGCUCUAUACUUUGAAGAAUGAGUGUCAAAAUUUUUAAUGAUCUUUUCUUGGCCGUAACUGUGAAUUAAUUUCUCAGCAGCCGAAGGUCAAAUAUGCAGUAUCCUCUCACUAACAGGAAGUUUUUGUCACUUUUCAUUUGCAGAGGUCCAAAUGAAAUUGUUCGACCUAGGAUAGCAAUGUCAGCGUGUAUUGAAGCUUUUGCUGCUCCUGAGACUGUAGAUGAUUUUUACAGCACCGCAAUUAAAGCAAAAAGCGUUGCGCAAAAGUAAGUUCUACUCCCGCAGUACGAUAUUUAACCAGUACACUUAGUGUGUGGUAUGUGACAAAUUUUCCGUGUGUGUUUGUUUGUCAGAACAACUAGAUUCGCCACGUUUCCUAAUUACCUAAUGGUGCAGAUGAAGAAGUUUACUCUGGCUGAUGACUGGACUCCAAAGAAAUUAGGUAUGGCCGGUUUUGUAAUAUUUAUACACAAGAUGAGAGAAGGUGUCUCGGUGCUAUGCAUGUAGAUAAAUCCGCUUCCUGCACUUAACCUGCACUGCGCUUGCUCGAAAAGUGACUAUGUUACUGUUUUCUAGCCUGUAAACAGACUACAGAUGUGAUGAUAUCAGUUCCCCUAAAUUUACAUAUAACAUAAAUUUACUGCAAACGUAAUUUUCUCAAAUGGGAGGUCCUAGAAAUGGGUUCCCUUCUUUAAAUUAACCAACUAUGUAUGUACAUGAAACAGAAUGGACACGGGAAGUUUUGUUUACAAGAGGAGCGAAGAUGGAAUUUUCCUUGGCUUGUCGUUCGUCGAAAAAGUGGCUUGCUUGUAAGGUUACUUUUUCAAAUGUAAUGUAUUCUAAAGGAAUAAUCGUGUAAAUUUUUUCCAGAUGUUUCUGUAGAUAUUUUAGAUGAACUAGACCUGACUCAUCUAAGAGCUACUGGUCUUCAGUCGAACGAAGAAGAACUCCCAGAAGGCGAACAGGCUCCUGCAGGUACAACCUUCUGAGUCUCUCAUUAGUUGUAAGAGAAAUAUAUUUUUGUUGACGAGCUGUCUCACUGCAAGGAAAGUUGAGUUCCAGGGGUAUCCAAGGCCUUCCAUUGUGUCUAGCUAGCUUUGGGAAAUAAUCCGUGCACAUGGCUGGCAAAUCUUUGCAACCGAGCAAUGAGCCCCCAUUCCAACACGAAUGCGAUCAUUGGCAGGAAAAAAUAAGGAAGGUAGAUGAGGGAGGGAAAACUGCUCGAGACUCACGAUGAACAACUAAUGAAAAGCUGCUUUAGAACUCAGAACAGCAUUUUCGGUAAACUACUUUAACGGUUGAUCAUUAACUACCAUUGCCGUGAGAACAGUGUUUUGAUUGCCACGCAUCCAGGCGAAAUACUCACCCCACCUUCUGCACCGUACCAAACCAAGACCGAAAUCUCAUUUCGUGUUUAUUUCUUUCCAGCUCCUCAGAUCCAAAUCGAUGAUAGUGUCGUUGCUCAGCUUGUUUCUAUGGGCUUCGACAAAGAAGGUUGUCGGAAGGCUGUCUAUCACACGAAGAACCAAGGUAAGAGAGCCAUCCACAGUGUUGCUAAAAUCUUUAAACUGUGUAAUAACAUUGUGGAGAGGUGUUACACGUGUGGCAUGCCAGGGGCGAAGACAUGUAUGAGUUUUUAUUUUAAAUCCGACCCCAGUCAGUUUUGAUUUCUCAUCAGUAUAAUUUACCAAUGGAUAGAUUACUGGUGAGUUAAGGCUGUUAAACCAGCUAGGGUCAUAAGUGACAGGGGACAGCAGAAUGCAAGGGUAGACAAAGUUGAUUGUGAAUUCUGUAGAGUGAGAAAGACGUUGAAGCAGAGUAGAAGAGAUCAGUUCAUAUCGAAUGUUUUUCAUGCUACUUUCCCUGAUUGAUGUUCAUUUGUUCAUUGGUUUUUUUCUUUGAUUAGGUGUAGAACCUGCCAUGAACUGGGUUUUAGAACAUAUGGGUGACCCAGGUGAGACGAGUGUUAGUAAUCAUUUUUGUGUGCAGGUUUCCACGUUUCAGAUGGAGCUGCUCUUAAAGUACUUUGGGUCUUUAAAAUGUUAUACUUCGUGUGUUGACUUAAUCAUUUGCAAUCCACGUUAACCUUUUCAAUUCUUAACCCUCCUGAUGUCAUUUUUGGUCUCCUUAUUUGGUUUUACUUUCUUAUCAAAGUUUCUUUUAUUUCCUCUUGGCUCAAGGUGAUUUAAUUUACAAGGUGCACGAAAAUGGCUUAAGACAUCAGUCGUGACGCGGCCCCUUUUUACAAUAGAGCAAUUCGGUCAUGCAUUCUUCUCCCUGUUGGAAAUUACUUAAAACAUAAGUGUGUAAAUAACAUUUUUAACGACUACGAAUGUUUUGUUCGAAGACGUGUUUGCCACAAGGUUUCGGCCCAUCACUGUGCUCUGCUCGUUAACCUCUCAGUCAUGAUAAACAAGGAACGUCAUCUCAGAAUAUCCAUACAUUCUGAGGCAAAGAGGUGAUAAGAAUGAAAAAACUUGUCAGCCAGAGAGAAUUAUCUUCAUAUCUUAACAAAUUCUCGUAACUUCUUCAAAAGGAAAUGAAUGAAAACAUGAAGGAAAAAUUGAUAAGUGAUCCCCACACUCAUUCUACACUCUUUGUUAAGAAUGGGUAAUGAUGAAGUUUCAGUAAGACCUGUCAACAAUUUUGUUAUUGGGGCUGCUUGCAAUAAAAAUUAUGUACCAGCAUGUAAUUAAAGAGAGUGACAAGUAUGUCUUGAAGCUUUUUUUUUGCCAGUCCCUAUGUAACGAUUUCAAAUCUCUUAGAACCAUUCUGUCUUUACCAUUCAAGAUUUCACCUCACCACUAGUGCUUCCUGGUAGUCAAGGAUCAAAAGCUGUUGAUGAAGAAUCAUUGGCGAUUAUUACUUCUAUGGGUUUUACUGAGGCACAAGCUAUCAAGGCUUUAAAAGCCACCGUGAGUAUCUCCUCAAUGUAAACAGCUUUAAGCCUUCCGUGAUAGUAUUAGCAAUUUAGACCACAUUUUUUGUGUGUUCCAAGUCCAAAAACACCCAUUUUUCGAGGAAACCUAACUCACCGCUUCCGUUGCGCUUUGCUUUGUUUGUUGUUUGGUUUUUUCGGUUUUUUGGUAUUUUUUUUCUAGCGUAAUUCGGAUCACGUGAUCUGACAUGCCAUGUUCAGAUCGCUGGAAGGUUGUAUCUCACCCCCACUCACUCUCUUGUUUGUUUGUUAGCCAGCCAUUUUAAACGGAUAAUCGGCUGUUUGAUCCAUUUUUCAUUCUAUUGUGAAUGCAUUCGCGCUUGUCAUGCUGAUGGCUAAUGUUCUCUUCUCAAAGUUUGCCAUUUUUACCGUCACCCUCAUGUAGGACAACAACUUAGAGCGUGCAGCGGAUUGGAUAUUUAGUCAUGCGCAUGAGCUCGAUUCUAUGGAAGAAGAAAGUUCUGCUAACCAGGAGACUGGACCCCAGUAUAAUGAUGGACCAGGAAGUAAGUAUCAGCAUAAGACAGGUUUGUUUGUGUUGUGAACAGUGUUUGACUUUGGUUACUGCCUAUAGGGUUUCAUUCACUGGCCUAACUGUUGAACUCUUGUCUCAUGAGCUGUAUCCAGUAGAUAAGUUGCAAUGUGGUAGAUAAAUAUUGGGCAAGAUUUCAGUAAGCGUGUAAUUAAGAUCAUAUCAAUUUGUGCAGAAACAAUGAGAUCGAGUUGCGCUGCAAUUACGCCGUGAAUUUAGAUGGAAUAAAAUGAAAAAAAUACUAUUCUUCUUCCAGCUGUUUUCGUGGAUAAAUACAUUGCAAUGGAGAACUUGUUCAAUACAUACCGAGCAAGUUGAUUAAAAUUAAAAAAAUUUGGUUUUUUUGUUGUAUGUUUCUCAUGAUUUCAUUUCUCUUUCAGAAUACCGUCUGAUUGCCUUUAUCAGUCACAUGGGUACAUCAACGAUGUGUGGUCAUUAUGUUUGUCACGUGCUUAAGGACGGAAGGUAUUGUAUUUACAAUUACAUUUCCUCAUCAAAUUGCGCUUAAACCUUGAACUGCUAUAAUUUUUUUGUUUCUCAAUAGGUGGGUGAUUUUCAAUGAUCGUAAAGUAGCCCUGUCAGAGAAACCGCCGAAGGAUCUUGGGUAUUUGUAUUUGUACCAGCGAGUACAAAGUUAACUCAAUCGUGCGCAGUUUUGUGUUUUUCUGCGCUUCUAAAGUUCUUCAGUGAAGUUUUGCGCCGAGUCAGAACAGAGACGGACGUAGGAAAAUCAUGUUUGCAGUGGAUUUGAAAAGUGAAAGAACACUGGCACGUUGACAGACGCCUUAAAAUGACGUGUUAGACAAAUUUUAAUUUGGAACGAAAAGAACCGUUACGCAUUAGGUUGUUAAUAAAUUUGCUCAUUGUGGAUAAUGGAUCUGCUAAUUGCUGUAAUGUCAGCCUGGAGGCCACUUUUAUUCUUCUUUCCGACUGAACGACGUAAUUUUGUAAUUUCGUUUUUUUUUUAAAGUAUCAUGUAAUAACAAGCGUAAUAGUUGCCCAACGUGCACACGUGUGAAACACUUCAUUCUAGUCGCGCGUUGUCCUAAUGGCGUCUCUCUCAGCGCGUAAAAAGGUUUUCU